AUGGCACCACUUAUGAAUGACCCUAAUACCUGGUCCGAGUGGAGUGAGCCGGACCGUGAGCUCGAAGAGAUGCUGAAACAAAAGGUGGCCUCAAAGUAUUUCAAAGAGAACACAGUUGCUGCGAUGCCAAUCACUCGCAAGCGGUGGGCAGGCCAAUAUAAGGAAGAUUCGGAUGCCUACUUUGAGCGUGUCAAAGGAGAAAUUUCAUGCCAGGAAAUUUUGAUCCCCUUCCGUGAUGGAUAUCAGGCACGGGCAUUAGUGUACAAACCAUUGGAAAUCCCCGUUGACGGAUGUGCUGUUGUAGCAAUUAUUCACGGUGGUGGAUUUUGUCUUGGAUCAGCGGAAAUGGAAGCCAUCCCCUGCAUCGACGCGACAAGGUCAUAUGGCUGCAUCUCCAUCAGCUUGGAGUAUCGAUUGGCCCCGGAAUACAAGUAUCCAACCCCAUUCGAGGAUUGUUGGGACGCCAUUCGCUGGAUCGCGUCUAACGCUGGUACCCUUGGUGGCAACCUCUCUAAAGGAUUUAUUCUGGGUGGUACAUCAGCUGGAGCGCAUAUGACUGCAACUCUCUCCCACUGGGCCCGCGAUCAGAACCUCUCACCUCCACUAACGGGGUUAUACCUUAACGUUGUCGGUCUUGUUGUACCGGAAGCCGUACCCGAGACUUACAAGGAUCUAUACCGGAGUCGAGAGCAGAAUAAGGAGGGCAUGACUCUAAGUGCUGCAGCCAACGCGGUAUAUCUAGAGGCGCUCCAGCCCGACUUGACCUCGCACAUUUACAAUCCAUUCAACUGGCCAUCCGGCCAUGCGGGACUGCCUCCGACAUAUUUCCAAAUCUGCGGUGGCGACAUUUUGAGAGACGAAGCCUUGAUCUAUGAGCGGAUCCUUCGCGAGGAACACAACACACCGACAAAAGUCGAUAUAUACCCCGGGCUUCCACACGUUUUCUGGGUCAACUUCCCAACCCAUUCCUCGACUCGGAAAUUCUACAGUGACGUCAAUCAAGGGUUAGGCUGGCUUCUCAAAGAGUCUGCAAAAUAA